CAUGGCCAUACCACACAUACGGUUUGCUAAUCGCCCUCUGUACCUACAUAUGUACAUAUAUUCAAGUGCCAUCGAGACUGUCCAUGCAGGUAACUGGCGCACACUGAAUUGAUAUAUCUGAGCAAGUAAAACAUUACUGGAGAAAAGUUCGUCCAACCUUAUUAUCAAAACCCCCAGGUAAAAUGCCACUGAAAUAUCACUCAGUGAUUCAUGGUAGUCAUGACCACCUGUGCGACGGGCGGGCGGUCAGCCGAAAGCAGUCGAGUCUGCACGUCGGACGGCUGUGUCAUUGGCCCGCCAACGUGGCGCCAAUGCCUUUGGAACCUCUCAACAGAGAACGGCUUACUUCCAUGUGAGAUGGCACGCCCCCUUGUAGAGCCCAUGAACGAAUGAAUCAUUGUGACUUUUCAAAUGUCUCGAUUGAUUGACUGAUGAACGGGAAUCGCCAGCGGCUCUCGGACUAGCGGCUUGGCAUAUUGUACUUAAGCUACUUGCCCACCCCUCCCUCGUUAGCUCUUCAACAUCAUCACCAACAUGACUACCGCAGCAGUCAGCGCCGGAACGAAAAGAUCGUCUUCGCUUUGGAGCAAGCAAUCAAUCACCUCCAGUCACUAGAUUAACGAACUGCGAUCCGCCUACCCGUCUAUCCGUCCAUCAACCAUGCCUUCCUCUUCUGUCGACUCCCAAAACCAGCCGAAACGGCCUCCAAUGCCACGACAUAACUCUUCCACUUCUCAUAUCUCGCAAUCGCCGUCAGAGACCACUCCGCACAAGACCCCAAAGGCCCCGCGUCAGCAUGUCGUGGGCGGCGGUCGCAUGCAGCGCAAUACUUCCGCGGGCAAGAAUCUCAAUAAACUCUCGAAGCUGACCACACCACACGCCGCAGCCGGUGACAGCAGUGCAAAACCCCACCGUCGUUCGCAUUCAGGCAACUCCACCUCAGCCCCCAGCAGUCCAGGCCUGCGCCCUGGCUUCAAGCGCAAUGCAUCUUCUGGCGGCAUCAUGAGGGUCGCGAACCAGGGUCAUGGCCACGGCCACGGCCAUCCGAACAUUCGCAAGAACCACUCCAGUGGCCAUCUCGCGCGCCAGGCAAAGCCAGCCCUUAAGUCCUCGAAAAGCGAGAUCGCCCCGCCCAAGCGCUCACUGGCCUACCCAGGGAGAGUUCGCUCGCCGUCGCCCGAACAUCCCACGGUUCACUUUGACGUCGGAGACGUGGAGGAGAAUGAUGGAUGGACCGAAGAAAGCGCCUCUCAGUCGCCCAACACGACCCGCUCUAAUACGCGGUCCAACUCGAUGGUUAUGCACUCGCAUCAAAUGACAGAGGAUGCGCCGCUGCAAAAGCCGGCCGUCGCUCCUGCCGCAGACGAUGGUCCGGGAGAGGCGGUAAGCGCACCACACCUGGAAAGAGGCACACAACAAACACAUACGCACCCGAUAACGAAUUCCUUCUCGCAUAAACUCCCCGACCGAACCCGUCCCUCGCACCAGUCCAGCGGAUCGGAAGCCCCGUCUCACUCGAGACCGGCCGACGCAGAUAUGAUCACGUCGCGACUGCUCCAACGCAGCUCCCAUCAAAACGCCCCGCCACAAAUGUCGUCCGUCGCCGCGACCGUUGUUUCGAACUACAGCGAAGUGCGUGAGCUCAGCCAGAGCGGAGGCUCCACAUUGAUAGACACCCCUGGGAGAGACUUGGUAUCACGAUUCAUCGAUGGAGACGGAUCCGCUGGAACACCUCUGAAUAGCAGCUUCCUUCCAGGCCGAAACUCACCACAGGCAGCAGCAGUACCAGAAUCCGCAUCAUCAGCUGUGUCAGCAGGUGGAAGCGAUGCAGACAAGAUCAAGCGCAACAGAUCCAUGCCCAACGUGGCCGGCGGAGAUGCGCCCACGCCUGCCCCGAACAAGGCGCAACAUCGCCGCUCGGGCACUGGAACACCCACCGAUCUUCCUCCGUCGAGAACGCAACAAAAGCUAAUGCUUCAACGUGCCUCGUCCAACAUAGAGCCGCAGAAGCUAAUCCCCAUCAUCCUCCCCCGGACAGGCGGACCCUCAUUCAUACACACGGGUUUAGUCUAUAGCACAAACAGCGAAGGACGGCUGGAUCCGCGUCUCCAACAACAAUUCAACCACGUCGCAGUCGAGUACAGUGUGGUUCGUCGAUAUCGCAACCCCCUAUCAGACGCCAUAAAACGCAUGCAACAAAUUCCGGGUAUCCAACAAAAGACGCGCUUACCGCGUCGAACUGCCAUCAUGAACGGCCACUCGUCUCAACAGACUACUGGUAGCAACAGCCUUAGCACUAGCUUCAACGACGAUGCGGACUCGCGCCGCUCGAGAAGAGUCAGUCUGGAUAAUGGCGGCGGGAGCGCUGAUAUAGAGGGGAGGCAGAGCUUUGAGAGUAGCGAUGGUGGGGGUUCCGGGAGAAUCCGCAACGAGGCUGAAGAGAUUUGUCGGAGAUUGUGGGAGAGUACCGAAGCUGUUGAGGGAGAUUGAUAGACCUUGCUCUCUUUCAUGGCGGUCACGGUAGUGGGUAUUGGUUUCUGUGUUCCUGGCGUUAUUCUUUUUUUUACUCCUUCUUACU